CACAUGCUUAUAAACAGACCCAUACAGGCAAGAAACAGCCUCAGACCUGUGAAGAAAUGUCAGUGGAUACAAGAGAAAUUGCAGAAGAACUAAAGAAACGUAAAAGCUGGUUUUGAUGAUCACACUGCAUUGCUAAACGGCUUUUUGGGAUAUGACGACAAUUAUUGGCACAGAGAAUUCAGAAAUUCUGCAAUAAAAUCACAUUGUUAGUCAGUAAUUUCAAUAGUCCGGGUCUGAUUCUACAAGAGGAGAUCUCUGGAUUUUUCGAAAGACUGGUGCACAAAUUCCAGAAAAUAAAUUCCUUGCAUCUUUAUCCUGCAUGGUGUCUUCUCUUAUUUUUUAGAAAUGAAUUCAGACUCGGUCUCAAUGACAGAGCUGCAUGGAAAGAUGCAGAAACGGGAGACCGUGUGCAUCUUUGGAACAGGUGAUUUUGGACGCUCGUUGGGGCUCCGUUUGCUCCAGUCAGGGUACAACGUUGUAUAUGGAUCCCGGGACCCUAAAAACUCUCUGUUGCUGCCUAAGGAGUCAAAGGUCAUGGCACAUGCAGCAGCAGCUUGUGAAGCACAUGUGAUUUUUGUGGCUGUGCAGAGGGAGCACUAUGGAUUUUUGAAGUCUCUGGCUUCAAAUCUUGAGGGGAAGGUGCUGAUAGACGUCAGCAAUAAUCUAAGGAGAGGUCUGUACCCAGAAUCUAAUGCAGAAUACCUGAGCAGCCUGGUUCCAGGGGCAACUGUAGUCAAAGCCUUCAACACCAUCUCUGCCUGGGCACUGCAGUCUGGGGGACUCGAUGCCAACAGACAGGUACUUAUCUGUGGUGACCGAGCUGAUGCUAAACAGCAAGUGGUGGACAUUGCUCAAAGUCUUGGUUUCACAGUCCUGGACAGAGGCUCCCUCAGAGCAGCUGCUGAGUUAGAAGAUCUGCCAUUGCAACUCUUCCCUCUCUGGAGACUGCCUUUCUGCAUCGCCUUGUGUUUAACAGCUUUCAUAUUCUUCUACGCGCUCACAAGAGAUGUUAUCUAUGAGCGUGUUACCAAUGGUAAAGACAACGCUUUUCGCAUUAUGAUCUCGCUGGCCAACAGGGUGUUUCCCAUCGUCUCCCUGGUGAUGCUGGCCCUCUGUUAUCUGCCGGGUGCAUUGGCUGGAUUCCUGCAGCUUUAUAACGGCACUAAGUACCGUCGCUUUCCUGAUUGGUUGGAUCGCUGGAUGCUGUGCAGGAAGCAACUGGGCCUGUUAGCGCUGGCCUUCGGUUUUCUUCAUGUUCUCUACACUUUAGUUAUUCCCAUCAGAUACUAUGUGCGCUACAGGAUAAAUGUCUACACUAUAUCAUUGAUAAAAGAUAAUAUAACCUAUGAGUUUGACAACACAGCAGCCUGGCGUCAUGACUCUUACUAUUCCAUGGGAAUUCUAGGAUUUGGGCUGUUUGUCCUAUUAGGAAUUACAUCCCUUCCUUCUGUCAGCAACUCCUUAAACUGGAGGGAGUUCAGUUUUGUACAGUCUAAACUGGGCUACUUGACCCUGCUGCUCUGCACCGCUCACACAUUCCUGUAUGGCUGGGAUAAAUUUUUGAGAACUUCAUCAUAUAGGUGGUGGAUGCCUCCAUCAUACAUGUUGUCUCUGGUGGUCCCCUGUAUAGUUCUGAUCCUGAAGUUAAUCCUGAUCAUGCCAUGCGUGGACCGCAAGGUCACCCGUAUCCGUCAAGGUUGGGAGAGACAGAGCAAGACUUCAUCAAACUGCAGCAACACAAAGACAAACCAACCACUCAUGGCAUAGCCAAAAACUUUCUUUAAACUUUAUCAAAACUGUUGGACUUGUCCUACUGCUGAAAAUGAGGCUGAGUUUAAAAUGUUGCAUCAAGAAAGGUUAUAAUGCCAAAUCUGAGUACAGAGAUGGAACUGAGACUUAAUUGAACAACUGACUUGGGACUUGACUUAGACUCAAAAUUUGAGACAGCAUACAUCCUUAGGUCUACAAAAAAAGGAGGAAUAUUUCUUGCUGACUUGUAACCAAUAAUAAUUUUAAAAGACAAUUAGAUUUGGUUCUCGAUUUUGAUUGGCAGAGCACUGAUAUUACAGUUCAACAGCACUGGGACUGCAUGUUCCAGCCAGCCUAUCACAUUUUUUUUAGAGAAUCUUUUUGCAGAUUGCAGUGUUAUAAUUUAGCCAUUGAAUCAUUCACGUUAAAUUAACCAAUUCAUAAAAAAAACUACUUUUUUAAAAACAUUCAGGAACAAAACGCCUUUAGGGGGGAAAAAAAUAAUUGAAAUCACUCUACCGAGUCAUUCAAAACACUGAUUCGUUGUGGCUGUCUUUAUUCAGUACGAUUCAAGCAUACUACGCAACAAUUCUGCUUUGGUUUCGCUUGAAAUUUAUCUCCCUGGGAGAGCAAAAACUGUUUGAAUAAAAGCACGCAAUAUAUUUUUUUUCACAAAGAAAAACAGCAUUCUUGCUCAUAUGAUAUUGCUUAAAUUUUGUUGUCCAUCAGGAAUUGACUGGAUGGUUGUAGUUUGCUAUUGGUCAAUCUCAUGUGAGUGACAGGUUGCCCCGCCCUUGCGCCAGUAAACGUGUCAUCGGAGAAGAGAAGAGAUGUUGUUACCAGAGGGAAGGGAAGUUGAUUAAAGAUCAUGAGGGCACAUGAAUUUUUAAAAAAUAAUUGCGCGGGUAAAUAGUACAUAAAAAAUACUGCAAUAUAUUCCAUAAAAAACAACAAUUGUAAAUUUUUAUUUCAUGGUGACUAAUUUUAUUGUAAACUUAUUAUAUGUAAAAGACCAAUUUAAUAGAUUCCUUUUAAAAUACAAAAAUCUAGAAAAAUCUCAAAAAUAGACCUGACUUGGACUCAUGACAAAGACUUGAGAACAUGUCUGCUUGAGUGUAUAGCAGCCCAAAUGAGAGAUAGAGAGAGUUUGACUUCUCGAUACACCUCACUUCACUGGUGAGCGGCAGUUUCAAAUUACAGUUAACCGACCGUGGGAAAUUCUUUGGAGUUGAUCCUCCAACUCACACUGGUGAUUCCAUCUCACGUGAUCUCACUCUAUAACCUACAAAUUCCAUUCCCCUUUACACUUGGGGAACAUUUAGAUUGGUACUCACAAAUGCAUAUUAUAUUAUGACCACAGAUUUGUAAUCUGUGGUCACAACAUCACAACAUAACCAAUCCAUAUCAUAUAUGUUCAUAUUAGAAAUUGUCUAUCCCUUUUAAAGAACACAAAGGUGGCAGGACUUUUAUUAGAGCACACUUUUCUGUAUUGUGUAAAGUACUUGUCUUUUUUUAUUGCCUGCUUCCUCUGGGCUAUUUCCUCUCAAGAGCCUCCCAGUGGGCUUUUCCCUUUAGAUAUUAUCGAUCCAAAACUGAGCAGCAACUUACUUCUUGAUCUGUUUCUGGGUCUGGGCUUUCCUGUCUGCAGAAAAGCUCAUCUUUCUCUCUCUUCUGAAGUAUAAAGGAGCUGUCAAUCACAUUGGCAUUCACCUUCACCGGUGAACGGCCCUUUAUGUACUUUUAUGAAGAAUUGCAGGCUGCAGAGAGUGUAGCUUAGACCAAAAUAGAAAGGCACAUUUUAUGACAAAUAUACUGAAAGUUUGUAAACACACAGUUGAAGAAAAUGAAUAACUUCACUUAUUCUGAGCACAAAACACUGUGAGUUUAUCAACAAAUAUUGGAUAUUCACUGAUUUUGCUUUUAUUUUGUAUCACUUAUAUCAAAUCAAAAUAAAAACUGAAAUGCAUGUCAUUUUGACAUUUA